AUGUCGAAUAUAGCACCGCAAGUGCUCAGACAUGCCUCCUGGGCCUGCUCGCGGCGUAUGUCGCUGUCGGCAAGCCUGGCGAGACCAGCAUACAGCGCGAGGACCGUAAUUGGUUCCUCCAGCUCAAGUAGGAGGAGCUAUGUGUCGGGUUCGAAGAAGAACAACGCCCAAGCCCAGUCCCCCGUCGAUACUGCGGUCAAAGCAGAGCAGAAGGUGUCGGUCCCCGGCACCGCUGUUUCCGGAGAUGCCCUGAUGAGUCCGUCAGCUGGUAUCUUGAAAGAGGCCACAAUCAUGGAUGAAGGAAGUCGACCGAUCUAUCUGGACAUGCAAGCCACCACCCCCACUGAUCCCCGAGUUCUCGAUGCGAUGCUACCCUUCCUCACCGGUCUCUAUGGUAACCCUCACUCGAGAACUCAUGCCUACGGAUGGGAAACCGAAAAGGCCACCGAGCAGGCUCGGUCACACAUCGCCACCCUCAUCGGGGCCGAUCCCAAAGAAGUCAUCUUCACCAGUGGGGCUACUGAGAGUAACAACAUGAGCAUCAAGGGUGUGGCUCGGUUUUUUGGUCGGUCCGGAAAGAAGAAGCAUCUCAUCACAACCCAGACCGAACACAAGUGCGUGCUUGACAGUUGUCGACAUUUACAGGACGAGGGCUUCGAGGUGACCUAUCUGCCGGUUCAGAGUAAUGGGUUGAUCAAACUCGAAGAUCUUGAGGCUGCCAUGCGACCAGAAACGGCGUUGUGGAACGUCGACCUGAUGUCGAUCUCUGGACACAAGUUGUAUGGUCCGAAAGGAAUCGGUGCUUGCUAUGUUCGUCGUCGUCCCAGAGUCCGUAUCGACCCACUUAUCACUGGUGGCGGUCAGGAGCGUGGAUUGCGCAGUGGAACUCUCGCACCUCCCCUGGUUGUCGGAUUUGGAGAAGCCUGCCGUAUCGCAAAGGAAGAGAUGGAGUACGACUCCAAACGCAUCGAAGCGCUCUCCCAGCGACUCCUCACUGGUCUUCUUGCUCUCGAACACACUACCCUUAACGGCGACCCGGACCGCCACUACCCAGGCUGCGUAAAUGUAUCCUUCGCCUAUGUCGAGGGUGAAUCCCUCCUCAUGGCCCUCAAAGACAUUGCCCUCUCUUCUGGCAGUGCUUGCACCUCUGCCUCCCUUGAACCUAGCUACGUCCUUCGUGCGCUCGGAAAUAGCGACGAAAGCGCCCACAGUAGCAUUCGAUUCGGCAUUGGUCGUUUUACCACCGAAAGCGAGAUCGACUAUGUGAUCAAAGCUGUCAAGGAGAGAGUCACCUUCCUUCGUGAACUCAGUCCGCUAUGGGAACUCGUUCAGGAAGGUGUUGAUCUGAAUACCAUUGAAUGGAGUCAGCAUUGA